AUGGUGUGCCCCCCAGGCUUUCUCUGCUCCCAGGGUUUGGCUCGAGACCCCCAGCGCUCAGCCACCCUCUGUCCUCGAGGCUUCUACUGCCCUGGAGGAGGCAUUGAUCCCAACCCUGUACCGUGCCCCAAUGGUACGUACAGUGAAAUUCCUGGUCUGCGUGAUGCCAGUGAGUGUGUCCAGUGUCCGCAGGGGAAGUACUGUUACUCCCAGGAGCCUCAUCUGCAGCCUAUUACCAGGCCUACAGGUGUGUGUCCUCAUGGGCACUAUUGCCCCGCAGGGACUGGCUACCCGUACACCUACCCCUGUCAGGCUGGCCAAUACAGGAACAACACACUUGGUCACAGUGGAGAGGCAUGUGUUUCAUGUCCAUCCAGGCAUUUCUGCGACAGACUGGGAACUGACAUGCCUUUAGUCUGCCCUCAGGGCUUUUACUGUCCGGACGGCACUUCUACUCCUGAGCCUUGUCCUGAAGGAACCUACAGCUCACGAUCAGCUCUCAGUGAUGGGUCUCAGUGCUCCCCUUGUGGCGGAGGCCGGUACUGCACCGGUGUGGGACUCUCAGAGCCCUCUGGAAGCUGCAAGGAGCGCUUCUACUGUCGAGAGGGAGCCAAGUCUGCAGCUCCUGCAGAUGGGCCGACAGGAGGUUUGUGUCCAGUAGGAAGUUACUGUCCUCCAGCUUCGUCCUCUCCCCUCCCUUGCCCCCCUGGCACCUUCAGCAACAGCUCUGGCCUCAGCAGACAUGAGGAGUGUGUCAGCUGUCCACCAGGGUAA